AUGUUACGCGCUCGUCGCCUUGUGAAGCUUUAUCAACGAUCGCGGCCCACCGCAGACAUGAGGCUGCAGUGUCUAGACAUUCGUCUUGCACGUACAGCUACUUUGUCCAAUUAUACAAUUCUACACAAUUGCUCCAUGUCUUCCGAGAGUAUGAGCGGAAUGCCAAUCGAAACGACAGAAAACAUGAAGAAGCUGUUGGCUGAACUGGACAUGUACCGUGAGACUGGCAAGUGGCGCCAAGCGAUUAAAUUACUGGACCGUGUAGACAAGGAUGAAGCACUUCCAGCGCUUAACUCUAUUAUGUACGAGCGCACAAUCGCCGCAUGUGCACGUAUGGGCAAAGUUGAGGUUUUGCCCGGUUUGCUUAACAACAUGUUGGUCGACAACCUCACUCCCACGAGUGCGACGAUAGAUUUUAUAGUUCAAGCUUAUUUAGCAAAAGAACAUUGGGGGCAUAUUGUGCAGUUAGGCAAUGAGGUUUCAGCCAUGGGAGUGGAGCCAUCGCCUGCAGCUCUUUACGCCAUCAUGGAAGCUUGCGGACAGGCCAAGGACGCUAAUAGUGCCUUUUUGAUUAUGAAGCAGUUACGGAAAGCUGGCAUGAAGCUUACUGAGGAUUACUACGCUGCUGCUAUACGAGCUGCCGGUAUGGCACGACGACCUGAUACGGCCAUGGCUCUGUUUGUGCAGAUGGAGAAAAUACAUGAUCUACAAGACAAUGGACAGGUUUUGAGCCAGUUAAUACGUGCCCAAGUGAUAAAUGGGCAACUAGAAGAAGCGCUGCAGAGCUUUACCACUGCAUCACUACGUCGAUUAUGUCUAAAUGAAACCAUUUAUACGAGCACAAUCGACUCGCUCGUCUCAAGCGGGAAACACUGGCAAGCCACGCGAUUGUUUGAACAAAUGCUUCAAAGUGGCGAAAAUCAACCUAGUAUUUUCUGUCUAUGUCGCGCAAUGCUGGCGUACAUAGGAGCUAAUCGUAGCCAACAUGCUUGGGCUUGUUGGAAGAAAAUUGUCGAAACGAAUGAGCCGAAUCCGAACCCAAUUAAGUACAACAAGCUGAUGCAGGGACUUAAUCAUGUCAAAGACACGCAACUCGCAGUAAGCGUCUUCGAUCAUCUUCGAAAUUUAUUUGAGCCAGGACAAAUCCAUCAAGGAACUUAUGCAGUUGUUAUUCGUGCGCAUGGGCGACUUGGUAAUGCCCAAAAAGCAGUUGAUUUAUUCGAUGAGUACGUCGAUAGUUGCAAGGGAUCGCGUCGACUAUCUCGUCAUACUGGCAUAUAUUUGGCGCUGUUCAAUGCCCUUUCGCGAGACAAGGUGCGUGAUCCGACGCUGAUUACAAAUGACGCAAAACGCGCUUGGCAUUUGAUGUUAACAAAUGUACCAGUCGUCUUGCCACCGGCUUAUGCGAGUCUUGCUGGUGUUUUUGCGAGUACUGGAGAGAUGGCAAUGCUUAAAGAACUUAUUGACCAUGCGGAGCGAAAGUGGUGCGGGAUGGCAGACGUAAGUCAUCACGAGGAAUUGAGAUAUAAGAAUAACGACGAGCUGGAAGCAUUUGUGGACUUUGAAGGCCACGAUACCGAUGUUGAGAGUAAAAACGACGUCCUUUUGUUUAAUGGUAUAAUAAGCGGUUUGUGCAAGGCACGAGAUGAUCAAACGGCAAAUAUUGAAGCAUACUUAAACACAAUGCUGUCGCGUCAACUUCCGAUCACAGACUCGAUCGUGCGUGCAACAACGGAUGCAUGCAUUCGUUUUGAAAAUUGGAACUUAAUGCGUAAGUUAUUACAGAUGAUAAAUCUUGAUGUCCUAAAAAAUGCCGAGGUAUGCGCUGGAGACACUGUUUCAAAGCUUUUAGAAGCUGAAAAGUGGAAUUUAGGUCGAGAGUGGCUCAUGUAUUGCCAUCGCCAUGAUCUCCAUCCUCUGAUCCGUCGUAAAGUUGAUCUGCUUCAAGAAAUGCGUAAAAAACAGAGCAAGGAAUGGCAAAUUGCGUACACACUAGCCAUCGAAACUCUAUCAUUCCGUCGCGUCGAACAACGCGGUAUCGAUACUGUUGUGGACGCAACCGAAAUAUGCAAAAAUGCGGAUCGUAUGGACUUGGUGAUCAAGCUCUUUGAUGCAGCAGCUAGUCAUUCGUCGGUGCAAUAUUAUUUAAACCACAUACGCCAAGUAAAAGCUGGAAGAGAUGCAAUGCAACCGUUGAAAUCAAGAAUGAAGCCCAUAACGAUCCCACUUAGUCUGUAUAAGGACGUGAUUCUUGCCUUGCUCCAGCAUGAAAGGAUGAGAGGUGAUAAUUUUGAUGAUGAAAUGCGCUUGAAUAAGGCGGAGCAAAUCUGCAGACAAAUGCUUGAAGUGCAUGGAAAAAACUUGGAUGGCGAAGCUUUAUCCUUAGCAAUUUCAAUUAAGGCCACAAUAGGCGAUCAUGACGAUGUUGGAGCACUUUUUCAGUCAAUGCGUGCUCUUGGUCUAAAGCCAAAUUCGUACGCGCAAAAUGCAGCAAUUGUCGCAUUCUCACGCCUGCGUCUUACGGACCAAGUGCUUUCGAUACGCGAUGAUCUCAUGUCGAAUCGUGAUGAGAAUGGUGAGAUAAUGAUGGUCGAAUCAAAUGUGGCCAAGUCGCUACUGUUCUCGCUUGCACUGACUCACGAGGACGAUGCUCUUCUUGAUGCCGUGAAGAAUCUGCCUGGUUGUACAGUAGAAAUGGCGUUGAACGCGCUCUUGAAAGCAAAUCGAAACGCAAAGGCUGUCGAGUUAUAUGAUGCUAGUGCGUCGAUUGACGUAUUUGAUACGGUAUUUCACCGAUUAUGUCAAUCUGGUAACUCGAUUCUUGCCGCGACACUUGUGCUUAAACAUGCUCGUCUCAAUGGACUGAAUCAAAUCCAUUCCAACCGUGUGAUCCGUGUAACAAACGCAUUGAUCGAAGAGGGAAAACUAGUGGAAGCUGAGCAACUUUUGCAAAUGUAUAUGGAUGACAAACAUGGAUUGUCGUUAAAACAGACGCAGCCGUACUUUCAGCAACACGUAAUUGAGAUGCUGUUGUUUAUUUAUGGUGAAUUUGGCCUCUUUAAUGCUAUGCGUGCACUUUUCGAAAAAGAACUAUUGACUUUUCCACUUAAUGUUGCGCAUUAUGAAGUGGCAAUGGAGUACUGUGCCGAGUCUCGUGAUGAAAUUGCUGGAGCGGUGGCUAGUCUACAGUUGUUUGAAAAGCUACGUACUCGCGGCUUCACCCAACCGAGUGGCAAUGCUUACUUACUAACACUUCAAAGCUGCUUACGUCUUGAAAGAUUGGAGCCCGCGAACUCAACCGCUGCUAAAAGUACAGGUCAAAUUAUUUUGAACGAUGUGCGGGAAAAUGGAUUCGAUAAGGAAGUUGCAGACGAGCUAGCAAAGCAGGUUGCAUCGGCUAUUGAGCAAGUGCGGGACAACAACCGUAAAGUGUUUCGUCGGAUUCGAAAAGAUAAAGAUCUGAUUGGGUGUGGUGUCAUCAAACCGGAUGAGCUUGCAAGAAUCGCACUCUUUUGCCACCGACAUGGAUUACCAAUGACGACAAAUCUAGCAAACGACCUUUUACGUUUGCACAAGCAUAUGCCAGCAAUGAUUGCAAACGAGUUGGCCUUUGUUAAGCGCUCACUUGAGGAAGGACUGGGUGUUGUAAGUGCGCCGAAUUUACGUUCAGGAAAUAAUCUGGCAAAUCGUGUGGGCAAAACAAGAAGAGCUAUGACUCCUAAACCCAAGCGUAAACCUGCUGUAUAUGCACCGCACUUUAGUCAGAGACGUCUUCGAAGCAAAAGCUAUGAUGCUGCUGUGCGCGCUUCGACGGACGCGCGAUGGGGUGUUGUACUCCAGCCCAUUGUGGCAGACAGGGAAUAA